GAGAGGAACCGUACCCUGAAAUUUCCCCUUUUGAAACUUUCACUCUCGUGGCCUCAGGGAAACGAAUGGAAAGACCACCUCAAUGUUCAGAAGAACUGUAAGUUGAUUGUUGAUGAUCCAUAUAUUGUACGUUUUAAAAUUAAACGAUAUCGAGGCCGUCGUGGUGAAAAUGGAAAAGCAAUAAAAACGUUCGUCAAAGUUUUUGGCUUGUUAUAACUUUUCCUCCAUCUCUAACACUUCCUGGACAAUGCAUGUUAAUUAUGCAUGUACUAGCUUUACCUGUAAUUACAGGUUGUGUUUUUGUCUCCAAUGUAUUUGUAGGUAUGAGCUGAUGAAAAAAUGUUGGGAACACGAACAAGAAAAUAGGCCGUCUUUUCACGAUAUUCAUGAACAAUUGAAGGGAAUGUUGGCAGAAACAGAUCAUGUAAGAAAAUUAUUAUUAAUUCACAGUUGUUUAUCAUUUUCAUUUACUAGCUGGAACUACCGCACUUUCGGGAAUUCCGGGCUACGUUUUAAUGUAUUUGUGCAUUAGUGACUUGCUCAAAUUGCAACAAAAAUUUAUUGAGAUAACGAAUAGUUUUGUAUGUCCACCUAAAAUUUCCGUGAACACCCGUCCUCCACCCGAACACCCGAACACCCACCUGAAACUAUAAAAAUCAUAGUUUGUUACAUAUCUAUUACUUCACGAAUAUAUUUUUGCGAUAUUGAUUUGGCUUUGGCUUUGAACAAAUUCAAAACAUGGGUAUAUUUUCUCAAUUUUAAACAACCUUGGUCUUCCUGUAUAUUGCCGAAAUAAUUAAAUUAAAGUCAAAUUAGGAAUGUUAAUUAAGCAUGGUACUAAGACCGAAGUCAACCAGGAGAUUGACUUUCCUGCCGUGAUUGUCAACAAUAAUGAUAGUGAACUCUGUGACCAUGCUAUGGGUGGUACUGGUAAACAAAUAUGAUGCAAGGGGUUUCAGGUUUAUUGGUCUUCAAUUUUACUUUUGGUAUAUAGGCUAAUAAUGUAAUAAAUUGGAUGAAAUUAUGAGUAUUAGGCUAAGUUUGAAACUCAGAGAGACAGAGCAAUCUUAGAAAUGAACUAUUAUGAAUAUAUUAUAGUCUUUUACGACCUUUAAUAAAUUGAAUUACUCAGCUUUUUAAAUCUUCAGGGUAAACUUUUGCACUAGGUUUAGUUCCGAAAUAAAACUUUUGCGUUCAAAAAUUCUUAAUUCAAAAACUUUCUAUUCAUGAUGACAAAGUGCUGACAAAAUAUUGUGUAUAGGCUAUAUGGAGAAAGCAAGAAUGCACGAUGCCAUUUUAUUUACAAGAUUCUAUAGACCCUCAAGAAGUCCCGUUCUUCCUAUGUGGACCUGUGGAGGAAGCUGAAUGCGCACGCGUAAAAUACAUUAUUUUUAGUCACUGAGUUACAAAGCAUACGCGUGUUAAUUUUCCUUUAGUUAUACUCAAUACUGUGCUUACGUUUACCAACCUAUUAUGUACAUUUUCUUCAGAGGGCGUACACCAAUGUUGUUGAAAUGUGUGAAGAAGGUAGUGAUGUAUUAACAGAUGAUCGCAGAAUAAGCUUGGAAAGUCUGGGUGACUUACGUUAUACUAAAGGAUAG